ACGCGACGCAUCGACGACGAUGGACGACGAUCAGGCGGCAAAGCGCGCGAAACUCGCGGCGAGGUUCGGCGAUGAAAACGCCGAUCUCGGUUUCGCGAUGCCGGCGACGGUAAGCGCGAGCGCGCAGGGGCUGUCGACGCAGACGACGACGAUCGAUUUGAAUUCGAAAUCCAACAGCUGCGGCGCGAAAAUCGCGAAGAAACCGAUCGAUGCGCCGGUGUCGUACGUGUGCGAGGCCGUGGAUGCGUUGAAGUUUCAUCCCUGGACGCCUGGAAGCGCGUUGGAGACGACGAGGGACGAUGGUGAUGCGUUCGACGCGGAGUUUACGCAUCAGGUGUUUCGCGAAGAUGAGAGCGUGUUCGGAUACGCGGGGUUGGCGUUGGACGUGUACGUGUGCAGGACAUCGUUGCGAGCGCUGUUGAAGAUGAGAUACGAAAAGAAAAUAUCGAGCGCGAUGAAUCCGGCGGAUCCCGUGGUGGAGCAAAUGCGAGAGUGGUUUGAUUCAGAUGGAUUGUGCGAGCUGUACGAGGAUGAGGAGAGAUUUAAACGCGAGGCGGGUAUGGCAGAACCAUGCGCUGGUGGCACGCUGGUGGCAGAGAGUGAGAGCGAUGGGGUGGUGACAAAAAUCACUGCGUACGAGUUGGCGACGAAUGAGGAGGCGAGAAAGUGGCACGCCGCGAUGGAGGCGUACGCGGUGUUUUUCAUCGACGCGGCGAGCAAGAUUGAUAACUCAGACUCGCGUUGGACUCUGCUCGUGGCGACGAGGCAUCACGCCGAUGGACGCUGGGAAACCGCUGGAUUUACGACGGUAUAUCGGUUCUACGCCUAUCCUGAUUCCGAGCGAGCGCGAUUGAGCCAGAUUUUGGUGCUCCCUCCGUACCAGCGACAAGGCCUCGGUGGGAAGAUGUUGGAAGCCGUUCGCAAGCUCGCGAUUGAUCGAUCGAUGCGAGAUUUGACGAUUGAAGACCCCACAGAUCAGUUGCAACGAUUACGAGACGUGCAUGACGUCAAGGCUUGCUUGAAACUACCGGAGAUGAUGGCCAAGGUUCAAAGUGCGGCGAUGGACGCCGCGCGAGCGCAGACCGACGACGCUCGACGCAACGCAUUGGCCUGCACGCAGCACGUUUUCGAAAUGGCUGCCGCGAAGCUGAAAAUUUGCAAGCCUCAAAUGCGUCGUAUCUGGGAAGCUUUGCUCUUCAUCUUCGCCAAGCGUUCAAAUGCCCCGGAGAAUAGCCCCGUGGCGGAUGCGUUCAAGGAACUCAUCAUUCGUCGGCUCAAGGCGAUGUAUACGUCGAAUUCCGACAAAGAUAUAGGCACCAAGCGCAUCAUCCCGAUCGGUGAUAACGAUUUCGUCAUGACCAAAGCGCGAGGUUCCGCCGGUGAGGCGCCGCAGAUGGAAAAUCCCGCAGAUGGUGAGGCUGACAUCACCGAAGUUUUAGGCGAACUCUUUCAAGAGUGCGCGCAAAAUUUGAGUUUCAUCUUUGCGCAGUGCAAAGACGCGUGAUCCCGCGCAACGCUUG